GUGGUAUGACGAGAGGGUAUUUGUGAGAAGAAAAAAAAAAAAAAAAUUUCGAGGCACACUGAGGCGUCGUUGUUCCGUUAAUUCACGCAAACAGUCAGCAUUUAUUUCUGAUAACACAAUUAAUAAACACUCAUUAAAUAUUAUUAAUUAAAUAUCAUAAAAAACAAUUAAAAAAGUCAAAAUGAGCAAGUCAACAAAAGACUCACCAACCACUGAGGGAGAAACUGAAGAAGAGUUCAGCGUUGAAAAAGUACUCGACAGAAGAGUUGUCAAAGGAAAGGUUGAAUAUUUUCUCAAAUGGAAAGGUUAUUCAGAUGAUGAAAAUACAUGGGAACCAGAAGAAAAUCUUGAUUGUCCAGAUUUAAUUUCACAAUUUGAAGAAGCACGUAAGAAAAAAGAAGCAUCUUCAAGAAAAAGUAGUCAUCAUGAAGAAAAAGAAUCAAAGAAACGAAAAAGUUCAAGUACACCAACACUUGCAACAAAGAAAAAAAAUACUGAAGAAAAGAAACUCGAAGGUUUUGACAGAAAUUUAGAUCCAGAACGUAUCAUUGGUGCAACUGACUCAAGUGGUGAACUUAUGUUUUUGAUGAAAUGGAAAGGAACUGAUGAUGCUGAUUUAGUUGCUGCACGUGUUGCUAAUGAAAAAUGUCCACAAAUUGUCAUUCGUUUUUAUGAGGAACGACUAACAUGGCACAGUCCAUCACAUGAUGACGAAGGUGGAAACAAAGUUGAUCCAGAAUAGUACUUAAGCAUCGCCUUCUAAUUAAACUCAAACAAAAAACAACAACAACAACAAUAAUACUAAUAAAAACAUAUACAAAAAGUUGAAUUAAUAACAUUAAUAAUAAAAACAAAUAAAAAUUAAUUAUAUAACUUUUUUUUUUGUUUACAUUUAGAUUAUUAAAUAAAAAAAAAAAAAAAAAACGUAAAAAAAAACAUCAAUUUUUUGGACACACACUCUAAACUAUUACACAAAAUUAAAAAAAAAAAAAAAAAUUGUUUAUCAACGUAUUCCGGGUGAAAGCGUAUAUCGCGAUAUUUUUUACUUCUAUGAAAGAAAAAUUUUUAAAUAAUUCCUGAGUAAAUUUAAGAUAACAAUAAUUUCUUUUUCUUUUUUUUUUUUUGUCAUAUUGAAUUGAUAUUUAAAAAUAAUCAAUCAAUAAAUAAUAAAAUUAGACUCUGGACAUUAUUGUCAAGUGUAAUGUUUAAUUAUUAUUUUGAUAAAUAAUAAAUAAAUAGUUGAAAAUAAUAAACACAGUUUAAUGACAGUGUCA